AUGAAGCCGCUGACGCUGAGGCCGUGGCUUCCAACAUCGGCUCUUCGACGGCGUCCCUACUUUCGGAGAUGUUAUGCAAUCCAGGCACCGGGAGGUCCGACCCAUCAAGUCUUCAACGAGACCGUCAAAUACCUCCAGAAAGAAAGAACUGCUGCCAACGCAGAAUAUAGCAGGCAGGUGGACUAUCUGAAAGAUGAGGUGGCACAGAGGCUGGUCGAUCGUCUGCUGGACAUCAAUCGAGAAUUCCCGCGGGUCCUUGAUCUGGGUGCAAACAGCCUUCAGAUAGCACAUGCGCUGUCAAAGCCACCUCUCAUUGCGCCAGAGUUACCAGACGGGACGACAGAGCAGAAGAUACCGCUCUCAGAACGGAUCCACCACCUUACCUGCGCAGACAUCUCUCCCGUAUCUCUCCAUCGGGACGAUGCAUUGCCCGCUCCCGCGGUUCCAAUCACUCGGGAAGUUUUACCAUCCCUCGAGACAUUACCCUACGAAGCGAACACAUUUGAUGCUGUUAUAUCUUCGUUGUCUCUUCAUUGGGUCAAUGAUCUACCCUCCGCGCUAGCUAGCGUGAACCACAUCCUGAAGCCUGACGCUCCCUUUCUCGCGGCCAUGUUCGGAGGGGAUACACUCUACGAAUUGCGUUCAUCCUUACAGUUGGCUGAUCUGGAGCGCCGGGGUGGCGUCUCCCCGCAUAUAUCACCGUUGGCCGAUGUGCGCGACAUUGGCAGCCUCCUUGGGCGAGCAGGGUUCAGUCUCUUGACCGUGGAUGUGGACGAUAUCAUCGUGGAAUACCCCGACACUUUUACUUUGAUGACGGAUAUCCAAGCAAUGGGAGAAGGAAAUGCGAUUCUGAAGUCCAUGGGGGGGCCAAUUCAGAGGGACGUUCUGUUGGCCAAUGAAGCCAUAUACAGGGAAUUGCAUUGCAAAGAGGACGAAAAGGACAGAAUCCCGGCCACUUUCAGGGUCAUCUACAUGAUCGGCUGGAAGACUAGCAAGAACCAGCCACAACCUCUGGAGCGAGGGAGUGGGAGCAUCAACAUGAAGGAUGUACUUGGGGGAGGAGACUUCGGGAUGUAA